CUAAACUGGGAGUAGGUUGUGUUGGAGUUUGUGUUGAAGACAGCAUUAGCACUAUUCUCCUGAGUUAUCUCCUGCUUGCUGUAAGCCAUGGCUGAUGAUGAGAUUGCCGCACUGGUGGUGGACAAUGGAUCUGGGAUGUGCAAGGCUGGGUUUGCGGGAGAUGAUGCCCCCAGAGCGGUGUUUCCCUCCAUUGUGGGGCGGCCUCGGCACCAGGGUGUGAUGGUGGGAAUGGGUCAGAAAGACAGCUACGUUGGUGAUGAAGCCCAGAGCAAGAGGGGCAUCCUGACCCUGAAAUAUCCAAUUGAGCACGGGAUUGUGACCAACUGGGAUGACAUGGAGAAGAUCUGGCACCACACCUUCUACAAUGAGCUGAGAGUAGCCCCAGAGGAGCACCCUGUCCUCCUCACAGAGGCGCCCCUCAAUCCCAAAGCCAACCGGGAGAAGAUGACCCAGAUCAUGUUUGAGACCUUCAACACCCCAGCCAUGUACGUUGCCAUUCAAGCUGUGCUGUCCUUGUACGCCUCUGGCCGCACCACUGGUAUUGUGCUAGAUUCUGGAGACGGUGUGAGUCACACCGUGCCAAUCUAUGAAGGCUAUGCCUUGCCACAUGCCAUCCUGCGUCUGGACCUGGCUGGCCGGGAUCUCACCGACUACAUGAUGAAGAUCCUGACUGAGCGUGGGUACUCCUUCACAACCACAGCCGAGAGGGAGAUUGUCCGUGACAUCAAGGAGAAGCUUGCCUAUGUGGCUCUAGACUUUGAUUCUGAGAUGCAGACGGCCAGCUCCUCCUCGUCCUUGGAGAAAAGCUACGAGCUCCCUGAUGGCCAAGUCAUCACCAUUGGCAAUGAGCGUUUCAGGUGCCCAGAAACCCUCUUCCAACCCUCCUUCAUUGGGAUGGAAUCUAGUGGGAUCCAUGAGACCUGUUUCAACAGCAUCAUGAAAUGUGAUGUGGACAUCAGGAAGGAUCUGUAUGCCAACACAGUACUGUCUGGUGGAACCACCAUGUUCCCAGGGAUCGCUGAUCGGAUGCAGAAGGAAAUCACAGCCUUGGCUCCAAGCACCAUGAAGAUUAAGAUCAUCUCCCCACCAGAGAGGAAGUAUUCAGUAUGGAUCGGAGGUUCCAUCCUGGCUUCUCUCUCCACCUUCCAGCAGAUGUGGAUCAGUAAGCAGGAGUAUGAUGAGUCUGGUCCCUCCAUUGUCCAUCGCAAGUGCUUCUAAUUCACUGGAGAUUAGAAUUGAUCUAACCUUGACUAAACUGCAGUUUUUAUUUGCUUGCCCAACUUUGAGGUUGUGGGGGUGGUGAUCAUUCUUCAUUGAAGUCUCCUGGUGUGUUCAGAACAGGCUGAGGGUCAAUUAUUCACAUUGAUCUUUGGAUGUUUUGAGACACUGGAGAUUAACCAACUUGGCCUUGCCAAUUUAUGAGCCAGUAAUAUCUACAGUCUAGCCUUGCAUAAAAUUUGGUGCUCUGAUAUAAAGUUUUUUAAAACUGACAUGGGUGUUGAAGUAGUGAAUUUGGUUGGUUUGUCCAUGAAGCUCUACAAUUGUCAGAAUCAAAGAACAUGAAACCAAUCUCCCUGUGCAGGUUCACAAUGGUUGAACUUCCCAUUCCUUAAUUAUAACUUGGCAUAGAAUGUUGAUGUUCUGGAAAAUGGCUGAACUGAUGAGGAAAUUAAGACUUGUAAUGGGUGGGGGUGUAUGGAGAGAAUGAGUUUGAGUUCCUCUCCUGGAAGGUUGUCAAUUGCAGCUGGAAAUAUCAUGUUGCAACAGUGAAUUGUUGCUUUACUUGUCUGGUUAUUGAGAAAUAUUAAUAAAAUGUGUAUUUGGAUGUAA